AUGGUCAAGAUUGAACAACUCGACACAACGUCGACGUUUGCUUGGAACCAUGAUACUUUGCCCUUAUUGGCUACUGGAUCUGUAGCUGGAGCUGUGGACAUUAACUUUUCUGCGUCUUCUAAAUUGGAGAUCUGGGACGUAUUUACAAGUAAAGGACAACCUAUUUUUUCCACUCCAGUGGAACAACGAUUCCAUGCUUUGACCUGGUCCAAGCCCAUGGAAGGUAGACCCAGCGGGGUUUUAGUUGGUGCUAUGCAAAAUGGUAACGUUGAAUUUUGGGAUGCUGACGUAUUAAUCAAGUCCAAAGAUGUUCAAAAGGCUUUAAUCCACUCUUCAAAUAAACAUGCUGGUCCAGUUAAAUGCUUACAAUUUAAUCCAAACCAACCCCACGUGUUGGCCACGGGUGGUUCUAAUGGACAAAUUUUCAUUUGGGAUAUUAAGACGUUUGCUGAUCCAAUUAAUCCUGGUCAAGCGAUUUCUCCAAUGGAUGAAGUUACUCUGAUUGCUUGGAAUAAUUCUGUACCCCAUAUUUUUGCUUCUACUGGUAAUUCAGGUUAUACUUCGAUUUGGGAUUUAAAAGCCAAAAGAGAGGUGCUUCAUUUAUCUUAUGUUAAUCCUAAAACAAAUGGUAAAGCCAACUUCUCUUGUGUCGCUUGGCAUCCAUCUCAAUCAACUAAAUUAAUCACUGCAAGUGAUACAGAAGUUUGUCCAUUAAUAUUAUCUUGGGAUUUAAGAAAUGCAAAUGCCCCAGAACGUAUUUUAGAAGGUCAUAUGUCGGGUGUCCUUUGCUUAGAUUGGUGCUCUAAAGAUGCUAAUUUAUUAUUAUCAAGUGGUAAAGAUAAUGCAACUUUAAUUUGGAAUCCAAUUACUGGUGAAAAAUUGGGUAGUUAUCCUUCAACAACCAAUUGGGCUUUUAAAGUUCAAUUUGCCCCUCUGGCUCCUGAUGUCUUUGCUUCUGCUUCAUUUGAUGGGAAAAUUGUAAUUCAAACUUUACAAGAUACAACUCCUGCACCUGAAGCUCCAAGUACUAAUGUCGAUGAUAGUACCUUUUGGAGUGAAAUCUCUUCAUCUCAAACUCAACAACCUGUUUUUGAUAAGAUCCAAGCUCCCUCGUGGUUAGCAUGUCCUUCCAGCGUUUCAUUUGGUUUUGGCUCCAAAUUGGUUUCCAUUACUUCAUCCAAUGGUAAAUCUAUCAUUAAUAUUAAAAAAAUUGCUACCUCAAAUGAUACCACCAAAUCAGAUAAAUUGGCCAAAGCUUUGAAUGAAAACGAUUUCCAUGAAUUAAUUGAUGAAAAAACAAAUCAACCGUUUGUCAAUGAAAAUGAUAAAGAAGAUUGGAAUAUAAUUAAGGAGUUUUCUGAUUUAGGGAAGUCCCUGUUCUUGGAAAAUGUGUAUGGAAAGAAAAGUACCACUACAGACCAAUCUGAUAUUCUUAAAGGAAUGGAUGGUGACUUAUUGGAAUCUCCUAUUGUGAAUGGUGGGAAUGAAUCAUUCUUUGACAAUUUAAGUAAUGGUGUCACAAAGGAUAUUGAAUUUACAUACUCUCCAUCAGGAAAGUUUUCAAUUUCUGACGAUGAAUCUAAUUAUAAAUUGAUCCAGCUAAUAUUGCAAAAUAGAAUUAAUGAAGCCACAGAUUUAUGUUUGAAAGAAGACAAAUUGGCUGAAGCAUUGAUUUUAGCCUUAGAUGCUGAAGUUGAAGUGAAAGAAAAGGUUAGAAGUGCCUAUUUCAAAAAACAUGCUGAUAAUACCUUAUCAAGAAUUCUUUAUAAUGUUGCUUCUAAAAAUGUCACUGAUAUUGUAUCAAAUGCAGAUGUUAGUGAUUGGAAGGAAAUCGCUGCAACCAUUUCAUCAUUCACUAACGAUGGUGAUGAAUUUGAUUCCAAGAUAACGGAAUUGGGUGACCGUGUUUUGGCAGCAGGGUCUAGAUUCAAUGCUCUUCAAUGUUAUUUUGCAGGUGGAGCAUUGGAUAGAAUUGCAAAGAUUUGGAUUGAAGAAUUACCUCAAUUUGAAGAAGAAUUAUUAACAUCCAAUAACGAGACGAUUUCAACUCCUUCUGACGCCCGCUUUGCUUCUUUGAAUAACUUUGUUGAAAAGAUUUCUGCUUACAGAUCUGCUGCUAACUUUGAAGGUGUAUUUAGUGGUCCAAACCUUCUGGCCAUUUCCAGAAUAAUUAUUGAAUACGCAUCUGUUGUUGCAGGUGAUGGACAAUUCAGUUUGGCAACUAAGUUUUUGGACUUGUUGCCAACUGAAAUCGUGGUUAAGGAGAAGGAAAGAAUCUCCAAGGCUAGUGGACUUGCUACAACUGAUGCCCAUGUUACCAACAAUUCAUUUGCUCAAUCCAAGAGACUUCAAAGCAUGUCUGCUGCCUCUAGUGCUGCUGUUCAAAGAGGUGGUCCAAGAAGACAAUCUAGUUAUGCACCUGCUGCUACUUUUGGCUUUGCUCCUGCCAAUGGUCCAGUUCCAUUGCCUUCAAUGAACGUCCCACCACCUCAAGCGUCCUCUACUAACCAAUAUGCUCCACCAACCAAUCCUUAUGCUCAACCAACAGCUCAAGGGAUGAUGAUGAAACCUCAAUCUAUAAGUGGACCCCCAAGAGUUCCACUGAUUGUUUCCCCUCCAGUGAGAUCACCAAUGGCCGACCCAGCAUUACUUGCUUCUGCUGGUCCUCGGAGUAUUAGUAGACAAAGUUAUGGAACCAUUGCUCCUAUUAUGCCCCCUAUCAAGCCUAUGUCUCCUACACCUGCAAGUACUUAUACUAAUGUUUAUAAGCCAACUGUUCCUGCUGUGGGAGCUCCCGGACUGUUGAGUUCACCAACUCCUAACUCCACCAAAUCAUGGUUGGAAAACACUGAUGGUUGGAAUGAUUUACCAGAAACUUUUAAACAACCUACUCCUCCAAAACGUGCUGCUGCAGUUGCAGUUGCAUCACCCAAACUACCAGCUCAAGUGAAGAUGGUACCAACGAAACCAACUCCUUUACCACAAGCUGCUCCACCACCACCUAAGGCUGCUUCUCGAAGUGCGUCUUCAGCUUCAACUUCAACUUCAACUUUGACUGAUAAACCAACCAAUCAACAACAACAACAAAAGCCAAAGGAAAAUACCAGAUCUAAUCGGUAUGCCCCACCUCCAGGUUCAGCUACUCCAUCGGCCGUUCCAUCUAAUCUUUCAACACCUCCAUUGACAGCUUCUUCAAGUAUGUCCAUGUCCAUACCACCAAAGAACCCUUAUGCUCCUCCACCUCCAUCCAAGACCGAUAUUCCUCGUCCAAAACCUCAACCUAUUGCUUCGUCAAUGCCCAACGUUAAUACUGCAGUGAACUUUAAUCCUCCUGCUGCACCCCCAAAGAACCCCUAUGCUCCUCCAUCUCAACCAUCCAUGGGUAUUCCUCAACCUCCACAACAACAUCAUCAUGGUGGUAAGACCACCAAUCCACCCACCGGGAAGAUGCCGGGACCACCUCCACCUCGUGCACCAUCCAUUUCAUCCCAAAAUUCUCAAGCACAAGCACAAGCACAAGCACAAGCACAAGCACAAGCACAUGCACAAGCACAUGCACAUGCACAAGCGCAGGCACCUCCUCCACCUCCAACAGCUCAUAAGGUUGAACACCCAUCACCAGUUCAACCACCACCAAAGUUCAAGGCCGUCAGUAGAACUUCUUCUGCCACAAUCUCCACUCCUCCUCAGCCGGAACUUGAUCCACUUGCAGUGAGAAGAAUCAACGACUACUUCAAGGCGGCGUCCGCUAAGAUCCAACCCCAAGUCCCCGACAAGUUUAAGGCCCAUGCUCUGGACAUGGCAAAGAGAUUAAAGUAUUUGUAUGAUGCUUUAGAGAAGAAGAAGGUUUCUGCUCCAGUGGUUGAUCUUUUGAACCAAGUGGUCACUUCAUUGGAGAACCAUGAUUUUAAAUCCGCGGCGGAGUUAAACAGCCGCAUCUCUGAUCAACAUCCAUCUCAAACCGGUAACUGGUUCAUUGGUGUCAAACGGUUGAUUAGUAUGAGCGAAGCUUUUGCUUAA